AUGCCCUCUUCCACAGUCAUCGUCUUCGGGCCCUCAGGGCACGUCGCCUCGGUGGCCGCGCAGACGGCCGCCUCGCUCGGCGCGCAAGUGCACCUGGCGCUGCGCGACCCGUCCAAAGCGAUCCCGUUGCUGGACAGCAGCAGCCACAAAUUCCCGCGCGUGCAAGCGGACCUGACGCAGCCGGAGACGGUGCAGGCGGCGGCGCGCGCGACCGGCGCCACGGCAGCCUUCAUCUACCGCGUCUUCGGCGGCGGCGCGAACGACCACAUGCGCGGCACGCUGCGGGCGCUGCGCGACGGCGGCGUGCGCUUCGUCGUCUUCCUCAGCAGCGGCACCGUCACGCCGCGCGACGCCGCCGCCCUGUCCGGCGCCUACGGCCCGGACCGCCUCAUCCCCUUCGAGCACGCCGAGACCGAGGCCGCGCUGGCCGAGGUGUUCGGCCCCGGCGCGUACGCGGCCGUGCGGCCGGGCUUCUUCGCCACGAACUUGCUGAAUUAUAAGAAGAUGGUUGCUGAGGCUGGGACGUCAGGAGGAGUGAUCAAGGCGCCGUAUCCGGCGGCGGAAUUUGAUUUCAUCGCGCCCGAGGAUAUGGGACGGGUGUGUGGGCGGCUGCUGGUCGACGGGCCGGAGCUGCUCGGGGCGGGCAAGGAGGCGGUGUUCCUGGCGGGGCCGCAGGUGGUUCCGCAGGGCCAGGUUAUCGAGCUGCUGGGCGAGGUGUUGGGCAAGGAGCUGAAGGCGGAGAACUAUGCGAGCGACGACGAGGCCGUGCAGUCAAUCAUGGCGGAUCACGCGCUGCCGGAAUCGACCGCGAGGCAGUUGGUGGCCAGUUACAGGGCCACGGCGGAGGGCAAGCCCGUGUUUGAUCCCAGCACAUAUGCGGAGGGCGUCGCCAACGUGGAGAAGUACAGCGGCCGGCCGGCAAUGACGAUCCGGGAGUGGCUGGAGGCAAAUAAGGACAAAUUUGUGCAGGCUUGA